AUGGAUAAUUGCAUUCACUUGGAUGAGUUAUCUAAAGAGUUAUUACUUGAUGAGUUCAAAAAAGCCUUUAAAACACUAGAAAAAGAUAAAGCAGUUGGAUCGGAUGAAAUCAAUGAUGUUCAGUAUGCAGAUGUGGAUAAUCGAUACAACUAUACCAAAACGAAUCUUAGGUAUUAUCGAAAUGCAAUAAACAAUCUUAAGGAUGCUAUUAGUACAUGGAACGACUCUAAGUUUGACUCUUGUGGAUUGCCUGUAUCUAAGCAAGAAGGUACUUACGUAAGCGAGAAGGAUUCAUCAAAAAUUGUUCCAUAUAUUUGUCAUGUUUGGGGAAAUCACGACUUUUACAAUUUUUCAAGAGAAAUGCUUUGGAAAAGUUCUUUAAACAGUUUUAUAAAAUCAUGUAAUUUAUAUUCAGAACAUAAUGCUAGUUCUCACAAUUAUGAUUAUUAUUAUUCAUUUACAUUUAAAACAUUUCGUAUUAUUGCGUUAGAUACCUAUGAUAUAUCCACUUGUGGUAGAGCUUCUCAUACAGAUGAAUGGAAAUUAGCUACUAGUCUUUUAAAAGAAUAUAAUAAAAAUGAUGAAAAAGCAGAGCCUUAUCUUUGUUCUCCACAAUAUGUUUCAUGGAAUGGAGCUAUAAGUGAGAAACAACUCCUAUGGCUCCAUGAUGAGCUCAUCGAUGCUUCUAAAAAUAAACAAAAAGUAAUUUUAUUAAGUCAUAUUCCAUUGCACCUGAAAGCAUCAACAGAAAAUACAGUUUGUUGGAACUUUAAUGAGAUUUUAUCAACCAUUUAUUCAUACAAGUGUGUUGUAGCAUGCUUUGCUGGUCACUUUCAUGAUGGAGAGUUUUACCAUGAUCAACAAUCGAACAUAUAUUUUGUAACAUUACCAGGAGUAGUUGAAAGAGAAGUUAAUAAGAAUGCUUUUGCAAUUGUAAAUGUUUUUGAAAAUUACAUAGAAAUUAAUGGUUUUGGUGAAUUAUGUAGUCAAAAAUUACUAUUUUCAUUAAUUUUUUAUUUGAUUUGUGACAAGAGCAAACCUAAAUUUAAGUAUUAA